AUGAAAUUUCUAGCCGUUUUAUUACCACUCUGUAGCGCCACAGUAGCUGUUGUGCAAGCGAGAUCCAUUCGUAAAAGAGACACGUGCAAUGAUCCAAGUUUAGGCUAUUUUAUUACACUCAGCACUAUUACUGGAGAUCAAGCAUUUGAACAUUGUCAAUCCUUGGGUGGACGAUUAGCAACCAUUGGUACACACAACCUGGCACCAUUGACUGCGCUUGUCAAUAACUGUCUAGGUCCCAAUAGUCGCAUUCGUGUCCAAGCAUGGGAUACAAACACAUUUGGUACAGCUAGUUUAGCCAUGUAUACAGGCCCAAUGGCAGGUUAUGGCACUGUCAACAUGGCAUCCAAUGGAGAGGCACUGCAUGCUUUAUGUGCUAUGACGCAUGGUACGAUGGCCAACGACGUCUUCCUAGCAGAGCCUCAAAUGUCUAAACAAGGAGAUGGUCAAAGUUAA